AGCAACACACAGGGAGUCAAGAGUGCAUGGCAAAGUCAAACAAAGAUAAGAGCUGGACGGACAAGCUCCAAAGCUUUCUCACAGCUGUUAAGAAGGAGCCACGAUGAGGCUGCACUGGCUCCUCAUCUUUGCCUCCAUGUGCAAUAUGUGGGGUGCCAUACAGCAGCCACAUCCCCCCAAUGAAAAGUGGAACCAGUGUAAAGAUGUGUUUUACAAAGGAUGGACCAAGCUUCGUUUCACUCUUCAAAGAGCUUCCUUGGACUACUGUUGUAGAUGCCAUGAAGGCAAAUGUAUUUACAUAGCUUUUUCCCCAAAAUUAAGACACAUGCCAGUUUUCUGGGCAUAUCAAAUUGACCAUAUAGGAAUCACAAAUUUGUCAGAGCAGGAUCUCUUGAAGAAUGUCAAGACGUGGUUCAUAUCAUUAUCGGUUGUCGAGGAUCUACUCAAAUGGAAAAUGCACUCUCUGCCACCUCAAGUCACCUCAAGAACUUCCCCACCAACCACACAUAUUUUAAGUGGUGUGUUCCAUCACAAGACAAAAUACAUUCAUAAAGUGAGCAACUGGCACGGCAAAGGCUACAUUCGCUGGAUCGCGUAUCACCACACGAAUGCGAAAGGGCGUAGUUUUGAAGGAGCAAUUGUCCAAACCAGUCCGGAUAAAUGUAAGUGGAAAUGGCUGACAGUGAAGCAACUGUUCAGGGUUCUCUCUGGAGUCGAUUUUUUUGCCAAACCGCUGAGAAUAAUCUUCAAUAAACAAAAGAGCAAUGAGGAACCUUCAAACAUGAAUGGCUUGGCUGCAAUUCCAGCAAGAUUUCCAACAUCUGAAAAGAUAGUGGACUACAAUGACGCUGCAGUACAAUGUGUGAUGCCAACAAAACUGCAGCUAAAAAAAUUCACAACCCUAAUUCCUUCACCAGAUGUGAAAUCAGAUAAAACUACACUUUCACCUGAACGUGAAAAUGAAAAAGUUACAGAAACCAGCAAAACUAAGGAUGAGAAGAAUACACUGCAUAUGAUGACAGGCCUUUGCUCAGUGCUCAUUCACCGUACGAGCAUUGGUUUGAAAAGAUGUCUUGAGAGAUUGAUAUUGGACAAAGAAAACAACACCACCUCUUCACCACAUUCUCUUUCUAUCAAUGGCAAACCACCUGAUGCAGGGUCAGUCCACAGAAUUCAGAGCCCCCUUGAAAGUAAUGAAAUCAUAAAUUACAGGAAAUAUGUGACACAAAAGUCACGUAAGAGUGUGCAAUUCAGUUUUGAAGAGAACGAACACUUUUACUCUAAUAAUGGCAAGCUGAAACGUACAAUUAACUACUAUGGACCUACAUUCUGAGUUAAAUAACACUGACUAUUUGUUUUAGAAACAGUAAACACCAGAGUUGACGGUUAAGUUAGAAAUAGAGAAUAGCAAUAGCAAAGCCCAGAGGACAUAAUGGCACACAAACAGAGAAAUGUACCUAGCCUGCCAAAAUGAAUAUUUGUACACUCUAUUUACAUUUGUAUUUAUGCAUAUGGUAUGCCUUUCACCAAUGAGUCCCAUGCCCAAUUGUUUUGUAGUAAAAAUUUGUAGCAAAUAUAUACCCUCGUGUGACCUCGUGUACACAUGCUUGGAUGUUGUAUUUUGGCUUCAAUAUAGGCAAUGCAUAAUUUAAAUUCAUUUAAACCAACUGAUCUCAGUUCAGGAGACUCUGUGUUGUCAGUAAAGGGUUAAACUUUUGUGUGACAAAACAACAUGGCGCCAAUCACAGCAGAGUUUGUCUUUGGGAGAAAUGCCAACUAAGCUACAUCCGGUAAGAAACCUAAUUAAGUUUAUAGAUUGAAACCUGUUUCAGUCAAAAGAAUAAGUCUAUAGAUUCUAUAAGAGUCUACAGUUCCACCCGAUUUACCAUAUUUUACAUUUGAGCGAUUUAUCACGAAAUGCCACACUGCUAAAUACAAUGUACACUAAUGUGUCUGAAGUUGGUUUAUUAACACUACAUAUUCUAGUUCAAGUUUCACAUGCUUUGAUGACAGUGUGCACUUUGCUCUGCCAUUCUAUUAAAGCCCCGUUGACAACCUGGCUGCUUACUCUUAAUAUUGGAUAAUUUAAUACACAAGCUGUGUGCACAUUUAUUUUACAUUAUAUAAAAAAGAAAAAAAAAACUAUUAUCUUUUUUCUCUUUUUUUCUUUUUUUUUUUUGCAUUCAUUCAUUAAUUAAAAGAAUAAUUAAUGAAUUAUGCUAAUUUCUGAUGUAAUGUUUAUAAUGUCUCAAAAACAUGAAGAAACAAGUCAUUUUUAUUUGUAUAGCGCCAUUCACAACACACAUAAUUUCAAAGCAGCUUUCCAGAAAAUUAUGCAUUAACAGAAAAUUAAACUAUAAUAUCUAUAAUGUCUUAAGAGUCAUCAUUGUGUAGUUUGAUAAAAUACGAUUGUGAAUUGUGUUUAAAAAUAAGUAAUUAAAUAAUAAUUGUGUUUAUAACCCCAGUGAGCAAGCCGAAGGCGACUGUGGCAAGGAACACAGAACUCCAUAAGAUGUUGGUUAAUGGAGAAAAAUCACCUUGGGAGAAAUCAUGCUCACUGUGGGGGCCAGUUCCCCUCUGGCUAACAUCAUGAAUAUAAUACCAAUAUUACUUAUGUAUAGUGCAAGUCAUGUUUUAAAAUUAUUAAACUAAGUAAGUGUUAAGGGUCAGUGUUUAUAAAAAGAUUUUGUAUGAACGGUAAGAUUAAUGACUAAUGUCUUUGAAGUCCAUCCUGGAUUAACUGCAGAAGUUCACAUGGAUGCAAUUGUCCUUGUUAGUUGGCUGAUGAAGGGUUUUGUUGGCAAUUAAUUGAUAGUCUAUGUAUUCCAUUUCAAGAGUGUAGUCCAUCAUUAGACCGAGGUGAUGCAGGCAGAGAUCAAUCAGGUGCAUUGCAGUUCAACUGGCCGAUAAUUUAGGUGAGGUCUAUCCUAAAUCCAAGGUUCAGGCAAUGGCAUAUGAAGUAUCCCAUGUCUUAUGGUUGGAGUUGUCAUCAGUUCAUCCUCUGAAGUGAUGUUUGGAUGGCACCAGCUGCUAUUAGUCGUCGUCACUCAGAGACAUGUAGCAGUGGAGUCCAACACAAAGCAGGAAUGGAGCUGGAUCCAGCCGGUUCUGGUGACCUCAGGAUAGGAGUC